CGGCAUCAGGCAAAAAUGAUGCAACGUAGGAGCACGUUAAUCCAUCGAGAAUUACAUACUCCAGAUAAUUUAAGCGAAUCAGCGUCAAGUGAAGAAACCUUAUUUGAUCAAUUCCUGAUGGAAACAAAAAAUCCGGAAUACUUGAAAGAAAUGUAUACUGAUCUUGUAAUAAAAACAAGAACAAUUUACUUAAAUCAUCACGUAAAUAAUCCAGGAUUUUUUUGCUUAGUGUUGAUGACGGAUGAUUAUAAGCUGACUUUUAAUACAUUAAUCAAUUUCGUUUAUAAAUCGUAUACAGGUUACUCCACUGAGAAACCUAAAUUUUUCACUGAAAUUGAGCACUUUUCACAAGUUGCUAUUCCUGCAAUGGUAAAUACUGUAAUUGAAGAAAUAAGACAGUCACUGUCAUCAUCAAAAUUGCAAACAAAGACAUGGCUAAGAACUUAUGGUGUUACAUCAUUUAAAAAUUUAAUGCCUAGUCAAAUGCCACGUGAUUCAAAGAAAUGUCCUGACGAAGAUAAUUAUUAAUUGCAAGAAUUUAUAAGCUUUGUUUAUUUUAGAUUUAUUAUACUUUAUUUUUAACAAGUUCAUUGGUACAUAGCAAUUAGUUACAUGUAGAGUGAACACGUUGUCUCAAAAAUACUUUUAUGUAAGGAACUUUUAUUAUUCUACUUAAAUGAAUUAAUUUAAUUAUAAUCUAAUUAUUAAAAUAUAAUGUAGAAAUUGUUCGUGUAUUUAAAAAAAAAAAUAGCUAACUUUUUUCAGAUGCUGGUCUUAAAAAUAUUGAAAGAUACAUUAGUCUUUAUAAAUAUUGGUUAGCAUUUAUUGUAAUAUCGUCCCACAGUUGAUCACACAUGAGUUUCAUCAAAUGAGGAGAUCAUCAUUUAAAAUCGAAGUACCUGAUGACUAUAAUUACCUGCAAACUUGUUUUAUAAUUUGUACUUCCAUAGGCAAUUUUUGAUCAUCGAACGUGCUUGCAAAGGAACUCUCAUCAAUUUUGGGCAGAGGGUUUUCAAGAAUUACAGAUUUUGUUCUAAUUUCGAAUGAUUCAAUCAUAUCCACGUUUCAUAUAGUAUAUUGUCCUCGGUAUUUACAUUCCUUGAUAAAUUAUUUGAUUUUGGUUCAACAGAAGAGAUUAUGAGUGAGUUUUAUCAUCUCUAUUUCCAUGUUGUCUGAUAUGUUCCUGCAAACUUUCGUUACGUCCAAAUACCAGAUUACAGCAACUACAUCUGUAGAUGAAAUAGUCAUGUUAUAAAUAUAAAAUUAUAAUACAAAUUUUUAAAUUGAUAUACAUACUGAUAUUGUGUUUCAUUAAUUAUCUUUGUUUUAUUUUCAAACGGAUAAUGAAGCUUUUGGUGUGCAAGUAAAUUAUAUCGUUGUGCAAAACAUUUUCCACACAAUGUACAGCUAUAUGGCCUUUCACCAGUAUGAGCUCGCAUAUGUCUUUUUAAAUGAGAUGUUGAAAGCAAAGCUAAGUCACAAAUCUGUAAUAAAAGCAGACAUUAAUGACAAUUUAAUAUUUUUUAUGAGAACAAAAUGAUAAACAGAUAAAAUCUAAACAUAUUACUAACAUGGCAUUUAUAAGAUUUUUUUCCACUGUGUGAUAGUUUAUGCAUAUUAUAAGAUGUAUGAUGUAUAAACCUUUUGCCACAUAACUCACAUUGGUAAAGUGUUUCACCAGUGUGCAUUGGCAAAUGUCUUACAAGUGAUACUUUUUGUGAAAAGCACUUACUACAGAAAUUGCAUUGGAAUGGAUUAAUUCCAUUGUGCAUUCCUAUAUGAAUUUCUAAUGCAUGUUUACGCUUGUAUGCCUGACCACAUUUUUCACACAUAUAAGGUUUUGUUGAAGAAUGCGUUUUUAUAUGCACUUUUAAUUCAGUCAAUGUCUUCCAUUCUUUACUACAAAUGGAACAUGAAAACUCCAAUAACUUUGAGUUAAGUGGUGAAGCUUCCUCUGAUAAUAUUGGAACUUUAGCUUUCUCAACUUUUAAUGCUAUGUACAUAUGAAAAUUUAAAGAAGUAAAAAUAUACUGACCAAAAUACAUUUAUUAAGAUAUAGAGUGAAA